CAAAAAUUCUUCCACACAAUGAUAGCAUCGUCUUCUCUUACUUCCACUAAGUAGUUCGAGAAAUUUCCAUUUUCUUUUUCCUUCAUCGUCUCUUUAAGGUUUGAGGAGAACAAGAGAGAGAGAAAUGGAUUCGCUCGAAACUAUGAAAAAUCCCGAGAAAGAAGAAGAAAACAUGUUCAUUACCAAAGACUGUGAAGUAGAAGUCUGUUGUGAGGAGGAAGGAUUCAAAGGGGCUUGGUACAGAGCCAUCCUCGAGGAAACGCCUACAAGUUCGGGACGCAAAAAGCUCAAAGUGCGUUACACUACGUUGCUCCAAGAAGACUGUUCAACUCUUUUCACAGAAACCGUGGAACAGAGAUCCAUAAGGCCUGUUCCACCUGAUGAUCUGAACGACGGCGUAGUUCUUGAGGAAGGCUCGGUGGUUGACGCUGAUCACAACGAUGGAUGGUGGAAAGGUGUCAUCGUAAAGAAGAUGGAAGAUGAUAAAUUCUUGGUUCACUUCGAUUCUCCACCAGACACGAUCCAGUUCGACAAACUGCAACUGAGACCUCAUUUUGACUGGACCGGCUCUAGAUGGGUCCGAUCUCAUAACAAGGUGUCUGAAGAGCAAUACCACAAAGAACAUAUUCAUAAAAGGAAAAGGAAAAGAAAGCAAACACACAACUCAAACCUUGAAAAGACUGAGGCUCUGAUCGCUGAUACAAGUGACAAAGAUGAUUAUGAUCAGACCCUCUCUGCUUGGAUCCUUGGAGUAAAAUCAUCUAAUAUUGGUUCUAAUAAAUUGACAGGGUUAUCCCCUGAUGAAACUGGAGCAAGUGAAGCUACAACAAUGGUUCUGCCAUUUACGAAACGCUGCUCACCUCUUUGGAAAGCGCUCGAGUCAAUGGAAGUUUACAAAACAGCAAAGCAAAGUCCUCAUUUCAUCCCGUUGCUCGAGACAAGAGAAGAGUUCCGUGAAGGGUUGGCUGUGGGUCAGAUGGUUAACUUUUCAACUUUGUUAGAGAGAGUUAAAAAUCUGCAACCUCAUACUCCCAAAAGCACACUCGAGGGACUCAAAGAGUGCUUUGCGGAGCUUGAGAAGUAUGGUUUUGAUGUUACAACGCCUAUAUCUCGGAUCAACAUGUUGUUCUCUCUCAUAGAAAAACAAGUGAAAACAGAGAAGAGACUAAAAAAUAAUGCGAAAAAGAUGAAAAAGGAAGUUAGAAAAAUGCAAAAACUUGAACAAGAUACGAGAGCUGUUGAGUGCAAGAUUCUCGAGCUGCAGAGCCAAAGAGAAGUCUUAGAACAGAAGAAGAAAGAUGUUUCAGAGAUACAGCUUUGUGCAGAAGAUCUUGACAAAGAGAUUCAAGAUGUGGAUUUUGGAACGACCGUAUCAGGUGCUUGGUUAUAUUAAAAAAAAAAGACUAUAAUGAGCUCGAACUCGGCUCUGUUUUGCAAAAUGAAAGGUAGACUAGAUGUAAGUUAAAAAAGACGUUUGGUUGUGGUAGAUGGCAAGGUUAGUUUAACUAGUCCUUCUAAGAUAAUUAGGAAAAAAUCAUGUCACUUGUAGAUAUGAAGACUGCUUGUUUAGUGGUGUUUUGGUAAUCAUGAAAUGAUAAUGGUAAUGAAGUUUUUGGUAAUCUUUCUUA